AUGUCCAAAACUAUAGAUCCAAACCAAGGGGACGCAGAUGGAACUGUGACGACUCCAGGAACUGGAACUUCGCGUACACUUGAAGCAUUAAAGCGGAUUGACCCAGUGCAGGAUUUUAAGCGUAUUCCGUCCAUGCCAUGUGCUAGAGAAAGUUUGCUGUAUGGUAUUGGAACAGGUGCAGGCAUUGGAGGGAUUAGGUUCAUUUCCAGUCGUAGUAUUUUGACAAGCUGUCAUUGGGCGGUCGGAACCUUCGUCCUGGUCUCUUCGUUUUCAUGGUAUACAUGUCGUUCUGCCCUGUCGAAGGAGCAAAGGGUAAUGAGAACAAUUGCAGAACGCUAUCCAGAGCGGAACGCCAAAAAGCUCAAACGGAGGGACAACUUAAAUCCUCCUUCUGAAGCCUCGACAAGUAGCUCGUAA